GCGCGCUGCCGAAGAGCUUAGUCACCAUGAACUUGGGCUCCGACCCCUACGUGUCGUCUUAUCGCCGCGUCUUCGGCGAUGGCCCCCGCGCUGGGAGCCGCCUCACCGGCUACUCAGCUCGCAGCGCUGGCACCUUCCGCUCGCAGUCGGUUCCACGCAGUCACUACCGGCCGCUCACCGAGCUGGAGCUGCUGCCGGCCUCCAUGGGGCUGGGCGACGAGUUCCGCCUCAACCGCACCAACGAGAAGGAGCAGCUGCAAGGGCUUAACGACCGCUUCGCCGUCUACAUCGAGAAGGUGCGUGGCCUAGAGCAGCAGAACCGCGCGCUGGAGGCCGAGCUAGUGGCCCUGAGGCAGCGCUCGGCCGAGCCGUCCCGCCUGGCCGAACUGUACGAGCACGAGUUGCGCGAACUGCGCGCCCGGGUUGAAGAGCUGAACUCGGGCCGCUGCCAGGCGCUGCUGGAACGGGACGGGCUGGAGCAGGAGCUGCAGCAGACACGCCUGCGGUUUGACGAUGAGCAGCGGCUGCGGGGUCAGGCGGAGGCGGAGGCGCGGGCGCUGCGGCGGGAUGUGGACGGCGCAACACUGGCGCGGCUGGAGCUGGAGAAGAGAGUGGAGGCUCUGCUGGAGGAGCUGGGCUUCGUGCGUAAGCUGCACGGCGAGGAGGUGGAGGAGCUUCGGGCGUUGCUCCAUGCCGCGCAGCAGCCAACCGAGGUGGAUGCGGUGCCGGUGCGCCCAGAGCUCACGUCCGCGCUGCGAGACAUCCGCGCUGAGUACGAGAGCCUAGCGGCGCGCAACACACAAUCAGCCGAGGACUGGUACAAGACCAAGUUCGCUGACAUGACGGAGGCGGCUGCUAAGAACAGUGAGGCGCUGCGGGCCAAUCGCGAAGAGCUAACCGAGUACCGGCGUCAGCUACAGUCCCGCACAAUCGAGAUGGAGGCUGUACGCGGCACCAACCAGUCCUUGGAGCGGCAGCUGCGGGAGAUGGAGGAACGCCACAACGUUGAGAUCGCCGGCUACCAGGAUACAAUCAACCAGAUGGAGGAUGAGCUGAGGAACACAAAGUCUGAAAUGGCUCGUCACCUCAGGGAGUAUCAAGACCUCCUCAAUGUGAAAAUGGCCCUGGACAUAGAGAUUGCUGCUUACAGGAAGCUGCUGGAGGGAGAGGAGACCAGACUCAGCACCAACUUUGCCAGCAUCUCUCUCCCCAACAAUCCAAGCCUCUUGCCUCCAGUCCAGCCACGUUUCACUUCCAUUUCCAAGACCACCACCAGCACCACUGCCUCUACUGGUGCACCCAAGAAAGCACAGGGGGCACAGAAUAAAGCACCAGAGAAAUCCUCUAAACAAAAAGCUGAGGCUUAUGAGGAAAUCAUCGAAGAGACCAUUGUAUCCACUAAGAAGAUAGAGCGGGAAGAGCAGAAUGCGAGUGGCCCGAAAGUGGAAAAGAGCAAUCCUCCAAAGGUUACAGGGCCUUGAGUUUCUCUUUCCCUCCACCCAGAAUAGAUUCAACAUGCUCAGUUCAUGCCCAAACUCUCGAAAUGUCCACCAAGAGUGGACAUCUUCAGUCUAUUCCCCUCUGUAGGAUCAGAUUUCAAUCCCCAGCCUGGUAAUUAAACCAAUUUAGUCAAUAAACUCUUCCUGACCCAGUACUUCACUGAGAUGUCCAGAAUCAGAUGUCAACCCUGUGUAGUGAUCCUAGAACCCCCAAUAUGCCAGUAUUGUGGUGACUGCAACCCAGUGGAUCCAAGGUGCUGACUGGUGCUUCUGUUGAUCACCAGCAUAGCAGAGUUGCUGCCCAAAGUUGGCCUGUGUAACCCGUUGUCUGUGGUACCUAGAAGUUAGCUACUUGUGCCCCAGUCUCUGCAGGUGCCACCCUGGUCAUCACAACAGAUCUUCUACUUUCCGCUGGGAAUUCUCCACAAAAUAUUGCCUUAAUGAAGCCAGCAGCUUUUGAUGGUGCCAGUGUAAUAGACUGUGAUAAUGAAUGUCUGUGUUCAUGUAGCUGUGAUGUUAAACGGUGGAGGGUCACAAGCCCUUGCUGGUUAUUCACUCAAUAACCACAAAUUACAUUCCACAAUCCAGUUUUAUAUAAAUAAACCCACAAGUGA